AGGCACAAUCGAACAUAAUUAGCAGGUAGGACAUUACAUCGAGAUAUCACAACGUCUACUUCGAACAUCAUUUGCUACUUUUGUUACGUGAGCAACCGGUAGCAAUUUACGCCAGAAAUGUCAAGAAUGUCAAGCUGUCAAAAAUUGCAUUGGAUUAAUUAUUUCUAACGAAGACUGGAUAGAGAAUAAAAAGGAGCGCGACAUCGUGGCAAAGUGGCUGUCCAUAAGACAUUUCGGAAAGGCAGAAAACGAGGUAAAAGUGUAGACACAAAUCUAGACAGUCUCAAUCUAGGACUGAUCAUUUACAAAAUGAGAUUACCACUCCUCGUUCUCUGUGUGGCCGUGAUAUACGGAACCUGCAGGAUAUACGGUGAAGAAAAUGUCAACUCAAUAGAAAGCGUAACAAAUGAUGGAUAUUACAAAUUGGAUUAUUCGAACGUGCCUGUGGAGAGAGCUCUUUCAAGGCACAAAAGAAACAGCAUACUAUCAUCACCUAUUACGAAAAUGGCAUUGAAAAUGCUUGGAAUUGGUGAUAAUAGUGUAAUCGUCAAGAUAAUAAAUUUCUUUAGCUUCGUAAAUGGCGUAUUAACUGGAACACUGAAGUGCCCUAAAGUAGAAAGGCUCUCCAUUAACUUGAUCAAAACUAUAGUAUUGCAUCCAAUUGAAACACUGGAAACCAUAGUAUGCUACUUCUUCAAUAUGAUUGGCAGCGAAGGUCGUGCAGUAGUGGCCAAAGUACUUCAUAUCUUCUGGGAAUUUCUUAGAAACAUACUUUUGCCAGGUUUAUACAGAGUGUCAACUAUGCUGUUGAAAAUUCCUGUUUUACCUCCGUCCGUAAGGACCGUUCUCACUAUGUUUAACUUGAUAUACAAUGUCCUAAAACUACUUGGAUAGUUAAAGCAUGAUGGAAUUAAACUUGGUUUCUCAUUUUUAAAGACAAGUUAAAAAAUAUCAAAUCAAAUAUACCUAUGAUAAAAGCAUAUUUAGAUUUCUUGUUAAUUAUUUUAUUCGAUUAUUUUACUUCAAAACAGAUGUAAUAUUAAAUUCGUCGUAAAUACAAGAUAAUUUGAGAAAACCAAGAGAUUAUUUUACACAA